AUGGACCCAAAAAAACGAUCUUAUUUGGACCCCAGUAAGAAAAAAGAUUUGAUUGAGUUGUUUGAGAGAUAUAUAAGUCCAAGAUUACAAAAACUUCGUGAUAAAGAAAUUGAAAAAUUUAGAGAGGAGGAAAAGGCUGGAAAACCAAAGAGUAUUAUAUCCGACUUCAUGCAGGCUGCUAAUUCGGAUGAACCAUCAUUUCAAAAGGUAAUUAGUUAUACCUUUUCCACCGAAAAAUAUUACGAGGUUCAAAGAUACUGCUGGAUUGGAGAGAAAAGAACUCGUGAAAGAUAUGUUAUUCGUCGUCCAACAACCAAAGUAUUGAAUCAAAUGGAAAACCUAAAAAGUAAAAGAUUUCUUUUGUAUCUUUCAUUUGUGUUGUUCAUAGCUGGUGUCUUGAUUUUCAAGCUUUUUUCCAUCAACCAUUGGAUUCUGAAUUUGUUUGCAAUAUGA